AUGGUUGAUGAUGAUUAUGGGAAAGUUGAUGUAGGAUAUGGGACAGAUGAGAAAGCGGUGCUAUUGGUAUUGGGACACAGGAAUGCUCAACAAAGGAAGGAAAUCAGAGAAACUUAUCGGCAGCUUUACAAUGAAUCGCUCAUUGAUCAUCUGAAUUCUGAAUUGUCUGCAUGCUUUAAUGAGCCAGGAAGAACUGUGUGGGAAGGAUUUGAUACUGGUACCAGAGCUGCUGCUGCUGGUGGUGUAACAACAGUGGUUGACAUGCCUCUGAACAAUCACCCUACAACUGUGUCUAAGGAAACACUGAAACUUAAGGUGAUUCGACAUUUGAUUCUUUUACCAAGGUCUGGGGUUCGACCCCCUUCUUGGAUAUGGACUGAUAACUGGAGAUUGAAAAAUGUAAUGGGCCAAUUGGAUGGUUGCAGUGCUUUUCCUCAACUUGCAGUCGGAAUUGGAAAUCCUCCUGGAACUAUGGAUUAA